AUGUAUUUUUUAUUUCUUUUUUGUAUUAUUUCAAUUAAUAUAUUAAUUCUUUGUCAAGCAACUGGAAACCAAUCACUUUUGAAUAAUAAAUCUUUGUUGACGAGUUCUUCUUUUGUUGUAAAUGGAAUAAAAAAUAAUAAAAUUUUAAAUAAAAAAAGAUUGGAUUUUUGGGGAAUAAAUAGUAAAAAUAAAAUUUUUCCAAAAUUAUUUUCUGUUAAUCCUUUAAAUAAAAAAAAUUUUGUAAUAAAAAAUGGAAAUGAUGAUAAGCAAAUAAAAAUUAGAUUGGCAAAAUCUGAGGAUGCUAAAGCUUUAUUCUCGUUAAUUAAAGAAUUGGCAGAAUUUCAUAAAAUGUCCAAAACAAUUAAAAUUACUGCCGAGCAAAUAGAAAAAGAUUUAAAUUCCGGGUUUUUGCAUUCAUUGAUAGCUUUUGGAGAGAAAGGGGAAAUAGCAGCUUAUGCUCUUUACUAUUUAUAUGAAUCCAGUACUAAAAGCAUGGGUAAAGGUAAAAGUAAAGUCUUUAUACAAGACACAAUUUCGUUAAUUUGUUACCUAAAAUUUAAAAUUAAUAAAAGUUCCUCAAUAACAGUCAUUAGCAAACUUUUAAAUCUUCUAAAUAAUCAAAACUUUUUAAAAUUAAUUACAAAAAGAGAAUAUUUCUCUGUACAAAAUUCCUUAAUAGCUACAAUAAACAUAAACUCUUGCUUAGGUCAAAUAAUGCACCUUGAGGAUCUUUAUAUUCGCCCACAGUUCCGUCGAAAAGGAAUUGGAUUUUUAUUGUUGGAGGAAUUAGCUAAAAUAGCUUAUGCCGAAAACCUUCCUUUUAUUGAAUGGCAAGUAUUGCGUUCUAAUUAUGGGGCAAUUAAAUUUUAUAAAAAACUUUCUGGAUUAACUGACUUGACUGACGGGAAAGGUGAAAAUAAAUGUAAUUUAUGGCGUUUAUCUGCUCAGUCAUUCGAUCAUGUUUUGCAAAAGGAAGCAAAACAAAAGGAAAGUGACGAAAAAUUGAUAAAAGAAAUUUAUUUGGAUGGAGAGGGGGAAAUCUCUGAAAGUAAUUCUUUUUACCUUGCUGAACAAUGGAAUAAUUUGAUUAAAUCACAAAAGAAUGGAGAGGAAGAGGAAAACAAAGAAGUUCUCCCGUCAUUAGCAAAACUUUUAAAUUCUGGCCUUCUAGGAGUUAUUGUUGUAAAGAAGAAGGAAAAUAAUAAAAUUGUGGGAAUGGCAUUCUUUAAUAGAAAAGGUUAUUCGACAUGGCAAGGACGAUUCCUUAUUUUGGAUAAUAUUUUAAUUGUGGAUUCUGAAAAACAAAAGGGAAUUGGGACUUCAAUAAUGGCAGAAUUGGUUAAUAUUGCACAAAAUAUGGAAGCAAAUAAAAUUCAAUGGGAAACAAAUGAGGAAAAUAAAAUAGUUAAUUCUUUUUUUAAAUCAUUAAAUGCUGAAAAUUUAACUGAAAAUGAAGGCUGGUUGAUAUAUCGUUGGUAUUUUAAUAAACAAAAAUAG